AUGCAUUCAAAUACCCAUUAAAAAACAAUAUCAGAAAUCAAAAUGAUAGAAUAAAAUACUAAUUCACCUCCAUCUUAAUUUCUAAGUGCUAGAACAAUAAGACCAUCCCUAUUUUUAAAUGAGGCUGAUUUUCAUCUACCAUUAAUAUCUCCUUAAAAAAGAUAAGUUACUGACUAUUAAAUCAUAAAAUAAACUUUACCUAAGAGCGAAGCUGUAAGUCCUGUAUUUAGAAGAACUUAAAUUCAAUAAGAUUCAUAAGAUCAAUUUUUAUUUCUUUAAAACAAAGUCAGAAAACUAAAAAAAUAAAAACUAUUUAUAAAAGACAGUCAUCGAUCUCAGUAAUUUUUACCUUAAAUUGAUGAUCAUAAUGAAAGAAAUGUUCAUUAUUCUACACCUAAAAAUAAAAUUUCCACACUAAAUAGUAUUCCAAAUGAUUCUCAAGUUUUAAACUCUCCUAUUGCAAAAUAAAGUACUCUUAAUGUAAACCAUGACACUCCAAUUCAAAUGAUUGAUUAUAGAAUUACAAAAGAAAUUGAUUCAAGACAACCAAUUCAUCAUUCAUCACUACCUGAAUAAACUAAUACAUAAAAUAAUAUGCAUUAGCCACCACAUCAUAAAAAAACAGUCUCAUUUCGUUAAUCAAUAUUUGUGAUUGAUAUGAAUAAUGGUCAAGUUACCAAAGAUUAAUUAUCUGAAAAUUCUAAACCAUUAUAACACAUAUAAAAACCAGAAAUUAAGGAAUAAUAGAUUGAUGAAGAAGAUAAAAAAAAUAAAUUUCGAAGAACAAGAAAUUUUCAUUUGAGUGACAAAUUGGUCUGA